UUGAAAGAGAGAGAGAGAGUCUAGACGGGGAAAUGAUGGAUCCAUCAUUCUUGCUGAUGCUGUCAAACCUUCUCAAUCUCCACAACCACCUGGAUCCCAGCUCAUCUCUCUUCUCUAACUCAUACGCACCAAGCAGCAGUACCACCACCUCUCCAACAGCAACCCUCUCCUCCACCUCCGCCGCCCCUCUCCUCUUCUUCACCAUAGCCUCCGUCCUCUCCUACGCCACAUCCCUCCGCUCCUCUUCCUCCACUUCCUCUUCUUCCAAUAACAACAAUAAUAAUGACUCCUCCGCCGAUCACAGUGUCUCCGCCUUCCGAGCCCUCACCACAGAGCACAUUUGGAACAUGGAGGCACCUGUGCGCGACGCCCAGUGGCGCUCUUCCUACGGUCUCUCCUACCCAGUCUUCACCACAGUGGUCGAAAAGCUCAAGCCCCACAUCCACCAAUCCAACCUCUCCCUCCCUGCCGAUUACGCCGUCGCCAUGGUCCUCUCUCGUCUCGCUCACGGCUUCUCCGCCAAAACCCUAGCUGCCCGUUACUCCCUGGAGCCCUAUCUCGUCUCCAAGAUCACCAACAUGGUCACUCGUCUCCUCGCCACAAAGCUCUACCCAGAGUUCAUCAAGAUCCCAAUCAGCCGCCGCCGUCUCCACGAGACCACCCAGGCUUUUGAGGAGCUCACCUCCCUACCCAACAUGUGUGGCGCCAUUGACGGUAGCCCCAUCAAGCUCCACCGACUCCCACCGGAUCAGGAUCUUCAUGGUCACCCUUCCUCCUACCGAUGUCGUUAUGCCUACAAUGCUUUGCUUCUCCAGGUCGUUGCAGACCAUAAGAAAAUCUUCUGGGACGUUUGUGUCAAGGCGCCUGGUGCCACCGACGAUGCCGCCCACUUCAGGGAAAGUUCUUUGUAUAAUCGGCUUACUUCUGCAGAUAUUGUGUGGGAUAAGGUCAUCAAUGUCCGCGGCCACCACAUUCGGCCGUACAUUGUUGGGGACUGGUGCUAUCCCUUGCUGUCGUUCCUGCUCUCACCUUUCUCUUGGAAUGGCACCGGCACGCCUGCUCAGAACUCAUUCGAUGCUGCCCUCAUGAGGGGACGAUCCGUCGUGGUGGAUGCUAUUGGGCUUCUCAAGGGCAGGUGGCGUAUUCUGCAGAAAUUGAAUGUGGGGCUUAACCAUGCACCUCAGACCAUUGUUGCUUGCUGCGUUUUGCAUAAUUUGUGUCAGAUUGCAAGGGAGCCCGAGCCGCCAAUGUGGAAGGACCCGGAGGAGUCUGGUCCUCCUGCUAGGGCGCUUGAGAGUGAGAAGUCUUUUUAUUGUUUCGGAGAAAGCUUGAGACAGGCAUUAGCAGAGGAGCUGAGGCAACGGCUUUCGUCGAGGUAAGAAUUAAAGAAGCUUGUGUGUGGGAAGGAUCAUCUCGACGUUCCUUCUCUGUAAAAAACUUGCUCUUACUCGCUUCUUGCUGAUCUCAUCUGGCCACCGUGUUUUUUGUAUCUGCACUUGACGUAGGUUACAUAACAUCAUGUAAACAUUCUCUAUGGUAGUGAAUCCUCUCUUUUUUU